CGAGAGAGACAUAAAAGAGAGAGGCCAGAGAGAGAGAAAGAAAGGAGGGGAGGAGGAUUCAGGGAAUAGGAGCUGGGGAGCCCCGCUGCGCCACAGAAAUUUUCUAAUGGCUUGCUGAAGAUAGAAGAACCAUCAGAAAGGCUAAAGUACAGUCAUACUGUAAUUACUUUUGGAGGCUGUCUCUACUUAAUGCAAUGUAUCAGUCCAUGUCUGAAACGAGACAUCCUCUGCAGACAGAAGAGCAAGAAGUAGGCGUUGACCCCUUGUUCUGCUAUUCAAGUAAAUCUGGAGGAGAUUCAAGUCAAAAUGGAAGAAGAGCAAAUUCGACCUUAGACUCUGAAGGGACCUUUAGUUCAUAUACGAAAGAAUGGGAAGAGCUGUUUGUAAACAAGGACUACUUGGCGGCAGUGAGGCAGAAGGGGAUUCACGGGCAGCUGAGGAGCAGCAGGUUCCGCAGCAUUUGCUGGAAGCUCUUUCUUUGUGUUCUUCCUCAAGAUAAAAGUCAAUGGACGAAUAGAAUUAAAGAACUAAGAGCAUGGUAUAGCAAUAUUAAAGAAAUACAUAUCACAAAUCCAAGGAAAGUUGUUGGCCAACAGGAUCUGAUGAUCAACAAUCCCCUUUCACAAGAUGAAGGAAGUCUUUGGAACAAGUUCUUUCAAGAUAAAGAACUGCGAUCCAUGAUUGAGCAAGAUGUCAAAAGAACGUUUCCUGAAAUGCAGUUUUUCCAACAAGAAAAUGUGAGAAAAAUUCUUACAGAUGUUCUGUUCUGUUAUGCUAGAGAAAAUGAGCAGUUGCUUUAUAAACAGGGUAUGCAUGAGCUCCUAGCUCCUAUCAUCUUUACCCUUCACUGUGACCACCAAGCUUUUCUACAUGCCAGCGAGUCUGCACAGCCCAGUGAGGAAAUGAAAAUUCUCUUGAACCCUGAGUAUCUGGAGCAUGAUGCCUAUGCAAUGUUCUCACAACUUAUGGAAACUGCUGAACCUUGGUUUUCUACUUUUGAGCAUGAUGGUCAAAAGGGAAAAGAAACUCUGAUGACCCCUAUCCCCUUUGCUAGACCACAGGACUCAGGGCCAACAGUUGCCAUUGUUACGAAAGUCAACCAGAUCCAAGACCAUCUGCUGAAGAAACAUGAUACUGAGCUCUACAUGCACUUGAACAGACUAGAGAUUGCACCACAAAUAUAUGGGUUACGAUGGGUGCGGCUGCUGUUUGGGAGAGAGUUCCCUCUGCAGGACCUGCUGCUGGUCUGGGAUGCCUUGUUUGCAGAUGGCCUCAGCUUGAGCUUAGUUGACUAUGUCUUCAUAGCCAUGCUACUCUAUAUCCGGGAUGCUUUGAUUUCUAGUAACUACCAGACUUGUCUUGGCCUUCUGAUGCAUUAUCCACUCAUCGGGGACAUACAUUCACUGAUACUUAAGGCUCUGUUCCUUAGAGACCCAAAGAGAAAUCCACGGCCAGUGACUUACCAAUUUCACCCCAAUUUAGACUACUACAAAGCACGGGGGGCAGACCUUAUGAAUAAAAGCCGGACCAAUGCCAGAGGUGCUCCCCUGAAUAUACACAAGGUCUCCAACAGCCUGAUCAACUUUGGGAGGAAGUUGAUUUCUCCAGCCUCGGCUCCAGGCCCUGUACCUGGGAGCAAUAGCAGCAGUUCUUUUUCUGCUGCCAUCCCCACCAGGACCUCCACAGAAGCCCCCAGGCACCAUUUGCUCCAGCAACAACAACCACAGCAACAACCGCAGCAGCAGCAGCAGCAGCAGCAGCAGCAGCAGCAGCAGCAGCAGAGACUGAUGAAAUCUGAAAGCAUGCCGGUACAGUUGAACAAAGGGGAUGUAGUUACAGGAAGCGAUGCUCAGGUUUCUGUUCCUGUCCAGGCUCUAACUGACCUCCAAGGGCAAAGCUCUAAAACCAUCAGUUCAUCUCCAAGCAUCGAGAGCUUGCCUGGGGGGAGAGAAUCCACCGGCUCUCCACCCUCAUCCGCUACUAAAAAGGAUUCCUUCUUCAGCAGCAUUGCACGUUCCCGCUCGCACAGCAAAACCAUGGGCAGAAAAGAGUCUGAAGAGGAAUUGGAAGCCCAGAUUUCCUUCCUACAAGGACAGCUGAAUGAUCUGGACGCCAUGUGCAAGUACUGCGCAAAGGUCAUGGACAUGCAUCUGGUAAAUAUUCAAGAUGUGGUAUUACAAGAGAAUUUGGAAAAAGAAGAUCAAAUUCUGGUUUCCUUGGCAGGAUUAAAACAGAUCAAAGACAUCCUGAAAGGUUCCCUGCGCUUCAACCAGAGCCAGCUAGAGGCUGAGGAGAAUGAGCAGAUUACCAUCGCUGAUGACCACUACUGCUCCAGUGGCCAGGACCAGGGCAACCAAGUUCCUAGGGCCAGCAAGCAGGCCUCGUCAGAGAUGCCAGGGUGCUCAGGUGGCGUGACCUCUGACGACUUCAUUCUGGUUUCCAAAGAAGAUGAAGGGCGCAGUGCCAGAGGAGUGUUCUCAGGCCAGGCCCAGCCUCUUGUUACCCUCAGAAACACAUCUGGGAAGAGUCGAGUCCCAGCCUGCUCCCCACUGGUGUUCUCAGACCCAUUGAUGGGCCCAGCCUCAGCCUCCUCCAGCAACCCCAGCUCCAGCCCCGAUGACGACAGCAGCAAGGACUCUGGCUUCACCAUCGUGAGCCCCUUGGACAUCUGAAUACAGGGACCUCACUAGUGGAGUCCCUGUUAAACCAGCGUUUCUUUCCUAGCAUGUAUUUGGCAUUGGUUCAACCCACUGGAACUCUUUAGAAAGAGGCCAAUAUUCCUCUUUCAAUGCACUAUGUUUACCAAAAUGCAGAUAGAGCUUUCCAGGCCCUUACCUGACCCUGUGACCCUUGCUCUAAAUUAGGGCUAGGUCAGGUACCCAGCUCCAAACCUAUUGUCAGACAGACCAGACCACAAGCAGAGCCACAUGUCUUCCAUCCCCUCCUCCCCAGCAGCUCAGCCAGUUGCUCUUAGAAGGAAGAGCUGGUUUUAUGACUUCCUCUUAUCAGGCUUCAG